AAAUAACUCUCCUCAUUUCAGGUUUGGUUGCAGAAUUAGGGAGAUGAAGCUGAAGAUGAAGAAGAAUGAUGAAAAUGGCGGAAAUACGAUAUUGUCUGUAUCACCAUUGAAAGCUAUUACUCUUCAUCUGAUAUGCUUACUAGGGUUAGCUUUAGCUUUCUGUAUACCUAAUCAUAUCUACUCGCUCGAUCUCAUCACGCAUCCAUCCCAAACUCUUCGUAUGAUUUCGGUGUUUCUGGCUCCAGUACUCAUUCUUCUUUACAGUCACCUUCGACACGAUAGGACCCAAUGCUCUUACGUCAAAGCUGUAGGACGAGGCUUGCUGGCGCUUCCUGCCGGAGCCGUAGUAAAUGCACUCGGAGCUACUAUAUUAGGAGCACCUGUUGGUUUCGAGUAUUUCCCCAAGACCUUUAAUUGGUCUCUUCUGAUGUCACUACUCACUUUUGUACCAGCGGCUUGUGUUUUUGGUUCAUCGUGGACUGAUUGGCACCGAAUAUUUGCUAGAACAAAAGCCAGUGAGUCCACAGACUAUAUGAUCAGUCUACCUGCUCAUGGAGCUGUUAUUGGAGCAUGGUUUGGUGCUUGGCCAAUGCCACUUGAUUGGGAAAGCCCAUGGCAGGAAUGGCCUAUUUGUGUGACUUAUGGAGCUAUAGCUGGUUACCUCGUGGGACUUGUGACAUCCUUGGGCUGCAUUAUCUUCUGUAACCGCCAGCAACAUCUAAAAGAAGAGUAGUGUCUGGCUUCUGAGAAUUAGCCGUGGAAGGCUCAUGAUACUACAAAAUUAGGCCUUUGUUAUUCAGCUGCAUAGAAAUGUGAUAUCCAGUUUUGAACUCUACUUAAAUUCACUAAUCUUUGUUCUUUUUAAAGAGUAUAAUCCAUUCUUUUAGGCGUAAUUUCUUUUGACUAAUUGUGAGGAGA